AAAACCUAAAUUUCUUAACUUCUACUGCAAAUACUUCCUCAAUUCGUCGAAUCUAUCAAAUCCAAAACCCAUGACGAACGGAGCAACAUCGCCGGUGACGGCGGCGACACUGAAGGUUGAGCAUAGCCCACUGCUUUCUCCGACCAGCUCCCAGUCGGUGACGGAGACGCUGAACGGUUCCCACCGUUUCGUGAUCCAAGGUUACAGCUUAGCCAAAGGGAUGGGCAUUGGGAAGCACAUUGUCAGCGAUAAUUUCACUGUGGGUGGCUACCGGUGGGCUAUUUACUUUUACCCCGAUGGUAAAAACCCCGAAGAUAGUUCCACUUACGUCUCCGUCUUCAUUGCAUUGGCUAGCGAAGGCACCGAUGUUAGGGCCUUGUUCGAGCUUACGCUUAUGGAUCAGAGCGGCAAAGGCAAACAUAAGGUUCAUAGCCAUUUCGAUCGGUCCCUUGAGAGUGGACCUUAUACCCUCAAAUAUCGCGGCAGUAUGUGGGGAUACAAGCGCUUUUUCAGACGAGCAUUACUUGAAACAUCAGAUUACCUCAAGGAUGACUGCUUGAUAAUAAAUUGUACGGUUGGAGUUGUUGUGUCGGUGAUAGAUUGUUCACGACUACACUCAAUUCAAGUGCCAGAGUCUGAUAUAGGAGCACAUUUUGGUAUGCUGCUAGAAAAUAUGGAAGGUUCAGAUAUUACAUUUGAUGUGGCUGGAGAAAAGUUUCAUUCUCAUAAGUUGGUAUUGGCUGCUCGAUCCCCUGUUUUCCGAUCUGAAAUUUUUGAUGGGGUGGACGAGCAAAAGAAAGAGAUGGUUAUCACCGAUCUAGAACCUAGGGUUUUUAAGGCCUUGUUGCACUUUAUUUACAGAGACACUCUUUCGGAAGAUGUGGAAAGUGUUGAGUCUAGUUCUGCUUCCUUGUCAUCAGUAUCCGAAACACUAAUAGCUAAAUUGUUAGCGGCAGCGGAUAGGUAUUGUCUAGAGAGACUGAAAUUAAUGUGUGAAUCUCGUCUCUGCAAGAAUAUAUCUGUAAAUUCUGUUGCCAAAAUUCUAGCUUUGGCUGAUGAAUAUCAUGCUACGGAAUUAAAAGCUGUUUGUCUCAGAUUUGCUGCUGAAAACCUUCCAGCUGUCAUGCGAUCGGACGGCUUCGAAUACUUAAAAGACAACUGCCCUUCACUUCAGUCAGAGCUCCUCAAAACCAUCGCAGGUUGUGAGGAAGAUUAUGGCAGUGGCGGAAAAUCACGAAGCGUAUGGGCACAACUCUCAGACGGCACUGAUACAAAUGGCAGGAGAGUCAGGCAAAGAACAUGACUGGAAGAUGAUUGAUUGUCCAAAUUGUAAAUGUAUUCGAAUUCGAUCAUGUAGCUGAGAGAGAGAGAAUGGAAUUUUGUAGAUUUGGGUGAGUUUUUGUAAAUCUCUGGUAAGUGCCAUUGCUAACAAGUUUUUGUCAUUUUGGAAAUGGAGAUGCAACAACUGUGAAUUCUACUGCAGAAUACCUUCCCCUUUUGUAUGGCCUUUAAAUUAAAUUGAUCAUUUAAGUAAAUCAACAAAUAAUUACAAUAA